CUCUGGCCGCUACUCUUGCCAUUUAUGUUCACUCUUGCCAUGUGGCCGUUUUUGCUGUGGCACUCUCUCCUCUUCUUCCUCUUCUCUCUCAUCGCGCCAGUUUGUGCCAAGAAAGCGUCCAGCGAAGGCGAUGACUCCGCAAUGCUCUUCUUUCUCUUGGCCAUGCUUAGUUGCGGCCUCGUGCCAUGGACCCUCUGGGUUCUAUGGUAUUUGCUUUUCCCUGGCCGUGCAGAGGUUAACAAGGCAUUUCCUGUGACGAGUGAGCAUGGGCGAACGAGGUUUUGCCGUACCCAAGCUAUGCAGGAACGUCAAGAAGCUGAUAUACGAAAGCUGAAGACCAGGCAAAUUUCGGUAGGCUUUGGUGCGCGACUCGUGCUGUUAGCACUUUUGUGGUGCUGGCUUGUCUACAUCAUGAUGCAGGUGCGCCAAGUACUUGCCACCAGCGCACUGUACCAAAACUUCGAUCCCUACGCUAUCUUGGAAGUGGGGGGAACCUCUUCCAGUUCGCAGAUCAAGAAGGCAUUUCACAAGCUCUCACUGAAGUACCAUCCGGAUAAGAAUCCGGAUGCAGCUGCAGCUGAGAAGUUUAUCCUCAUCAAGAAGGCCUACGAUGCGCUUACAGACCCAGUUGCCAAGCGCAACUACCGCCUUUACGGGAACCCUGAUGGACCCACUCGGGUGGAACUUAGUGUGACAUUGCCCACAGUGGACAAGGAGAAGCAAGGACUGGUGCUGGUCCUUUUUCUAGUGCCUUUUGUUAUCGGCGUACCCUUGAUGCUGCUAUACUGCAUGCAGUCCUCCUCCGUGGAUCCUAAUGGACUGCCCCCUCUCACCAACGAGGUCCUGCAGAAUGGUCUGGGAGAGGCACUCGAUGUUAGAGCUGCGCAGGAGCUCUUGCUGCUAGCGAGUCAACCAGAUCUGCCGCCAGAGCCUAUGGUGCACGUGUGCGCUAUAGACUAUGCUGAUGUGCGAAGGCAGCUUGCGUGUCAAGGUGCCGGACAUGUGCGAAAGCGCCCACAGUCCAGGGCAAAGGACGAGAUCAAACUGCAGCAGGCAGAAGUUCUCUUUUGGGGUCACGUCCUACGGCGAAAAGAUCUUCUGCGUGAUCUGGAUCUUUUGGAGUCUGCCCUCCGGGAGUGGGAGAAAACAUGCAAAGCUUUGCUACAACUUGCAGCAAAGAAAGGUUACUCACAGACUCUGCAAAGCACCCUUGACGUCUUUCGUGGUCUUGUCCAGGCUAUAGAUCCUUUCGGCAAAGGUGCAGGCUGUAGUGCAGGCUCCUUGCUGCAGAUCCCGCACUUCAGCAGCGAGCAAACACGGCUGUGGCAGAAGCGUCACAAGAAAUAUGCAACGCUGCCAACAUUUCUUUCCAUGCCGUCGCAGGAGCGAAGCAGUGCUUUAUCUGCCGAGGACAUAGGAUUCACGGCCAGCCAGAGAGCAGAUAUCGAUGAAUUCGUUGCUUGUGCUCCUCAAAUGCAGAUCCAGGCAGCUCGCGUCUUCGUGCAGGGCGAAGAUGAGAUUUGCAUUGGUGAUGUUGCUACCCUGGAACUGAGGCUUUUACGCAGCAAUCUUCAGGAAGGGCAGGCAGUUGGCUAUGCCCAUACUCCACUGUUCCCGAGUGCUCAGGUAAGAGAAGCCUGGUGGGUGACCUUUCGCCUUCCUGGCAGAGGCAAGAGUGGUGUGAGCGUGUGCUCGCGCAUCACCGAUCCCUCCAGGGAGGUAGUUGCCCAUAUCCGCUUCCGUGUGCCCUUGGCCGGAAAAUGCCGCCUCAGGCUAACGCUAUCCUGCGAAUCGUACGUGGGCCUGGAUAUGGAGGAAGUCGUUGACUACGUGGCUAAGCAGGCUGUUGUGCAUGAGCCUGACGACAAUGGAGAAAGUGGCAGUGAGGACGAGGACUUCGACGAGUGAAGCUCUUGCCGAGAAAAAAUAAUGCUUGAAAUGCUGGGGAGAAGAGUCUC